AUGCGCAUUCCUCAUUGGAGAGAGGCCAUGGAGCAGGAGUAUCAAGCGCUUCUUCGCAAUCAGACAUGGACUCUUGUUCCUCCACAAUCACGGGUAAAUGUCAUUGAUUCCAAAUGGGUUUUCAAAGUGAAGAGGCAUUCUGAUGGGUCCAUUGAGCGCUAUAAGGCUCGUCUGGUUGCUCGUGGUUUUCGCCAGCGUUUUGGACUUGACUAUGAAGACACCUUCAGUCUAGUGGUCAAGCCUACUACCAUCAGACUUCUUCUCUCUCUGGCUGUUACUCGAGGUUGGUUUCUUCGUCAGCUUGAUGUUCAAAAUGCUUUUCUUCAUGGUGUCUUGGCGGAGGAGGUUUACAUGCGCCAGCCUCCGGGUUUCUCUGAUCCGGAUCGCCCCGAUCAUCUCUGUCGUCUGUCCAAGGCAAUUUAUGGUCUGAAGCAGGCUCCUCGUGCUUGGCAUGCUCGUCUUGCAAUGGCUCUUCGUGCUCAUGGUUUUGCAUCAUCAACUGCUGACUCCUCAUUGUUUCUUCUUCAAAGGCCUGAGGUUACUAUGUACUUGUUGGUCUAUGUAGAUGAUAUCAUUUUGGUCAGCUCCUCUCAGUCGGCUGCUACUGCGCUUGUUCGCUCACUUGGUGCUGAUUUUGCGGUCAAGGACCUUGGGAAGCUUCAUUACUUUCUUGGUGUGGAGGUUACUUCUCGUGAUGCUGGCCUUGUUAUGACGCAGAAGAAGUACUCUCUGGAUUUGUUGCAGCGAGCUGGGAUGCUUAAGUGCAAACCAACGACUACACCCAUGUCUACCACUGAUAAGCUCAAUGCUGUUGAUGGUGUGCUUCUUUCUUCUUCUGAUGCGACGGUAUUCCAUGCCCGAACGAAACACAUUGAAGUUGACUAUCACUUUGUGCGUGAACGUGUCUCUCAGAAGCAACUACAGAUCAAGUUUAUUUCUUCCAAGGAUCAACUUGCUGACAUCUUCACCAAGCCAUUGCCUUUGCCACAGUUUGAGACUUGCAGGCGCAAUCUUACCCUUCUACCAGUUCCCCCCAAAGCCUAUUGUCUUACACCAUCCUCUAUUGGCAAUCUUGUUAACUUGACAUAUUUCUACAUAAAUGACAAUGAAUUCGAUGGCCUGAUACCAGCUAGCUUAGGAAACCUUCCACUCUCGAAGCUAGACCUUGGCUAUAACAAUCUCCAAGGGCAUAUACCACCAAACUUUUGGAACCUCCAAGAACUAACAAUAUUGAACGUCGGCCACAAUAAUCUUCAAGGUGCCAUUCCUGAGAUUGGUACCCUUAAACACCUCACCACAUUAGAUCUUUCUUCAAAUAUGCUUACCGGACAAAUUCCUGAUUCUUUGGGCCAAUGUUACGACUUAGUGAGUCUACAAAUGGACCAAAACUCUCUUAUCGGAAACAUCCCAGCAACUUUUGGCAACCUGUCGUCUCUGAGCAUGCUAAAUCUUUCACACAACAACUUGUCAGGCAACAUACCGACAGUUCUAAACACACUGAAGUUCCUCAACAGUCUUGACCUUUCUCAUAAUCAUCUUCAAGGAGAAAUACCCAUAUAUGGAGUGUUUGACAAUGCUACAGCCAUUUCACUUGAGGAUAAUUGGGGGCUCUGUGGAGGCGCCGUGUUUUUCCACAUGGCUUCAUGCAAAACCAUUUCCAAGCAAUCAGAGAGACGAAACCGUUUGAUUAAAGUGCUGAUCCCAAUAUUCGGGUUCAUGUCAGUCAUAUUGUUGGUCUACCUUUUACUCCUUGAGAAGAAGAUGCGAAGGAGGACAGAUGAUACAUCAACUUCACUAGGGGAGAACUUUAUGAAGGUUUCUUAUGCAGAUCUAGCACAAGCCACAGCAAACUUCUCGGAGUCUAACCUGGUUGGAAGAGGAGGUUAUGGUUCUGUGUAUAGAGGAAAGUUGAAGGAAUCUAAGGUGGAUGUGGCUGUCAAGGUUUUUGAUCUUGAGAUGCACGGAGCAGAGAAAAGCUUUCUGAAAGAAUGUGAGGCACUGCGAAGCAUUCAGCAUAGAAAUCUUCUUCCCAUCCUUACCGCUUGCUCGACAGUAGACAGUACAGGCAAUGUUUUCAAAGCUUUAGUUUAUGAGUUCAUGCCUAAUGGGAACCUAGACACAUGGCUGCAUCCCAGAGAGGACGGGAAGGCUCAUAAACAUUUAAGCUUAGCUCAAAGAUUAGACAUAGCUGUCAACAUGGCUGACGCACUGGAUUAUCUACACCAUGACUGCGGAAGACCCACCAUCCAUUGUGAUUUGAAGCCAAGCAAUAUUCUUCUUGAUGGUGAUAUGACUGCUCUUUUGGGAGACUUUGGAAUUGCAAGUUUCUACCAAGAUUCAUGGUCAACAUCAACCAGUUCAAUGAGUUCAUCAUCAGUCGGUGUGAAGGGUACUAUAGGAUAUAUUGCUCCAGAGUACGCCGGAGGUGGCCGCCGUGCAUCAACCACUGGAGAUGUUUAUGGUUUUGGGAUAAUACUGCUGGAAAUGAUGACUGGAAAAAGACCCACAGAUCCUAUGUUCAAGGAUGGAGUUAGCAUUGUCGACUUUGUGGAUAGCAACUUUCCACAUGAAAUAGUUCAUGUCAUUGACGUCAAUCUCAGCGAAGACUCAGGGGUUGACAUUACUCAAGCAAACAAGGCUUCAGAAAAUUAUGUUCGUGAAUGCUUGGUAUCUAUGCUGCAACUAGCACUUUCCUGUACGCACCCAGUACCAAGCGAACGAAUGAACAUGAAAGAGGUGGCCAGCAAAAUUCAUGCAAUUAAAACAUCAUAUGUGGGACGGAAAACAGAAGAGCGUCCUUCACUAGAGUAACAGUGACUUCAAACGUGGUAGUACAUGUAACAUUGUAAUCAGUUACGUACUACUACCUCUA